AGAAGAAUGAGGCCGUGGCUGAGGAAGUGAAGGAGAUACGGGACAUGGUGAAGGGAUUGACGAGACAGGUUAUAGAGAUUGUGUCCACUACAGAGGCCACGGCCUACCGGGAUAAACCUGGAGGGCCCUAUUCACUUCGCUGGGGCCGUAGGAACAACGAUUCCUGGAGGAGUGUCGAGGAUAGAAAUCCUCGGACGCUGACUGAUUAUCGUACGAGGGGAAGAGAGAGAGACGAUGAGCCAUGGCGACGUAGGGACGAUGAGAUAGGCCGAGACCGCAGAGAUCGCGAGCCGUUUGCGCGAGCAAGGAGGCUGGAUGAUUACCCGCGAAGCCCUCGCUAUGAGGCCGAUCGGGGUAGAGGCGACUCCCGCGGCCGAUGGGAGACAGAUCAGGGCCGACGAGAUGGAUAUAGGGACGACAGAUACGAGAGAUCGGACCGAGAUGGAUAUAGGGACGACAGAUACGAGAGAUCGGAUCGAGAUGGAUAUAGGGACGACAGAUACGAGAGGUCGGGUCGAGAUGGCUACAGAGGUAGUAGGUAUGAAAGAGGAGAUCGGGACUGGGAACGACGAGAUGGGUCGCGCGGACGGUUUGAGCGCGGGGGAGAUGCGAGAGAGCAGCGCGACGAGUCGCGGGGGUGGUACAACCGAGGGGACCGACGCGAUGAGUCACGAGGGCGAUAUGACUCGGGGGACCGUCGGAAUGAUCCGCUAGGGCGAUAUGAGCAAGGAGGGUCUGGAGGAGACCGCCGCAACGAUUCGCGCGGUCGGAAUGAGAGAGACGGAUAUGGCGUCUCAUCAGAACCAUAUCCCAAGUCGCUUGACCCCAAGGCAGCCAGGAGUUCGAUCUCGAGAAGCGCAAACGACAUGCCAUCUACUCCCAGGAACUCACGCGUCUACUGUAGAGGAGAAGAUCAUAUCAAGAGGGAUUGCCCGGACCUUAAACGGGCAACAGAUGAGGGACUUGUCGUGCUUGACGACUACAAGUACUUCAAGUGGGCAGAUGGUCUAGGAGAUGUAUCGAUGUUCCCUUCGAUGAAGGAGAAUGUCGAAGCGAGAAGAGUAAAGUCGAGUAAAGAAAAGGAGUCGGUCAGGAGCCAGAGCAUCAAGAUAACCUUUGAGGGGGAUAUGGCGACCACACCCAUAAGGGUGACAGCCACCAAGUCGGCGAGAGAGUCUACAUCGAAGAAGACUGACACGGAUUACGUGAUGACGGAGAAGGACGGGCAGCGGGUCGAUGGAGAGGAGGUUAUCCUUUCGCCGCGAAAGAGGGGAGAGAAGAAGUUCUUAAUGAAGAGUUCGCUGGACGAGAUUGACACGGUCGAGCCACUGAGGCGGGCCCUUCGGCAGCCCAUGCAGUGCUCUAUUCUGGAGUACCUGGCGGCAUCGAAGCCGGCUCGUGAUGAGUUACAGAUGAUCACGCGGAAGAUUCGCAUAUCUCUAUCGGAGGAGGGUCAGGGGGCCCCUAAGGCGGAAGCUUCUACAGUAGCAGUAACGGGGGUGACUGCUAGAGCGGAUCGCAUGGCGACAGUCCUUCUCGAUGGAAUGGAAGGUGUGCCUCCAGAUAAGUUUUAUAUACUUGGUAGCGGGGCCGUGGAGACGAUUAUAAACGAUGGAGCGGUACUCGAUGCUGUGAUCGAUAACGGCAGUGAAGCUGUCAUCAUAGACGAGGACCUGCCAGUACAGGUUGGACUGGGCCUCGACAGGUCGUACCUAUUCGAGAUAGAGACGGCUGAUGGGAGAAAGCAACAAAUCACUAGGGUUUGUCACAAGGCAGCCAUAGAGGUCCAAGGGGUACGAGUAACCAUGCCUGUCUUUGCAGUCAAGAACUGCAGCUCCGACCUGCUCUUGGGUCAAACGUGGCUGAGCCACGUGCAUGCGGUGACGAUAGAGCGACCUGAUGGGAGCCAAACAUUGUCCAUUUGGAGGCAGACGGGACGCGGGUAAUGAUUGAGACAGUGGAGCCUCGGGACCCGAGGAACAAGGCAACUCUCGCUGUGGGUGCGAGACCCAGUGAUCAGAUUAAGUCG